UUCUACAAAAAAAAAACCAACCAAAACUUAAUUUUGUUGAACGACUGAAUUAUUGGAACGGCAGGGUAUAUAUUAAAAUGAUCUCGAAUCACAAUCCAAAAGCAAAAUUAGCUUAAACUGAUUGCGAAUUACAAGCCAAAAGCACUUUUGAAACAAUUUAAUAUUAUCAUUUAAGUACGAAUAUCAAUACCAAAAUCAACCAAGACUGAUUGUGAAUUAUAAGCUAAUCUGUUUGGUCAUAUAUAGCAAAUUCAGCUUGAACUGUUUGUGAAUUACAAGCCAAAGGCACACUCAAUGCAUUCGAAAUGAGCUUUAACGGCUUUUAAGUUUUGUUUUCCUAUCAGGGGCAACUUUAAAUUCAUGGCACAUUUUUAUACCACGCUUUAGUUUCUACUUUAAGCAGCCCCUCACCUCACAGGCAGUAUGACCAACUCGAAACGCAAACAGCCCACAAAACCCACAAACACAACAGAUGCCGCCGCAGAAAAUAAAUCCCCAGCUGCAGAUGAUGAGCCGUGCACAACCGGGACGGAAGAGGCAACAGAUCCGGAGCCCAGUCCAACCGCACAGUUCUUUAAGCUUUGCUUUGGCCAUGAGCUGCAAAACUUUGCUAGCUUGCAGAGUUUCACGCGCUGGCUGCAACGACCUGUGGAUGGCGCCGCCCUGGGUGUAUUCCGGAUGCUCUAUGGCGCCGCCAUGCUGAUUGACAUAGCCGAGGAGCGCGGCGGGGGGCAGCUGGACGUGCGCUACGGUGAACCGCAUCAUUGUCAUUUUCCGCUGUUCAACGGAAUGGCCGCCUUGGACUACCCGCUGAUGGGCUGCGUCUAUCUGGCCAUGUGGCUGGGCGCCUGGGGCAUUAUGCUGGGUUAUCGUUUUCGGCUCAGCUGCCUGGCAUUUGUCACGGGCUACUGGUACAUCUUUUUGCUGGACAAGCCGGCGUGGAAUAAUCAUAGCUAUCUAUUCGGAUUGGUCGGCACGCUCUUGCUGUUCACCCAGGCGCACAGCUACUGCUCCCUGGACAGUUGGCUGAGGCCAGAGCUGAGGCAGCCGGUGCCGUAUUGGAAUUACUUUCUCAUCAAGUUCCAGUUCUUUGUGCUGUACAUGUACGCGGGCCUGAAGAAGUUUUCGCUGGAGUGGCUCUCCGGUUAUGCCAUGUCCAGUCUCAGUCAGCAUUGGGUCUUUGCGCCCUUUCGCCAGCUGCUGGACGAGGAGCUAAUCGAUUUGCUGAUCAUCCAUUGGUUUACGGCCUUCUUCGAUCUUUCCAUAGCAUUCUUUAUGACCUGCGAGAAGACGCGUCUGCUGGUUACUCCGUUCAUGAUUAGCUUUCACUUGAUGAACUCGCGACUCUUUAUAAUAGGCAUGUUCCCGUGGGUCUGCCUGGCGGAGGUGCCGCUCUUCUUCAGCUUCGACUGGCCACGACGCUUAAGCUGCCUGGUCAAGACGAUGCCAGCAGCAAAGGAGGAGAAGAAAGCUCCAAUCGGCGAUGAACCUGGCUUCAAGGAUCAGUUGCGCAGCUGCAUCAUAAUCUUCUAUUGCGCGCUGCAGCUGUUUCUGCCCUACUCUCACUUCAUCACCAAGGGCUACAACAACUGGACGAAUGGUCUCUAUGGCUACUCGUGGGACAUGAUGGUGCAUUCCUACGAUACGGUGCUGACUUCCAUCAAGGUGGUCGACAAUGACAACCAGAAGGUGCACCAUCUGAAUCCCUAUGCAUUCACCGAAUACGAUCGCUGGACAAAGUAUGCGGACAUGGCUGUCCAGUAUGCCAAGUGCAUUGAGAAGAACAUCCGAGAGGACAUGGAUCAGCAUCCGCAGAACAGUCCGCUGACCAGCAGCAACAUUUCCAUUUACUUUGACAUUUGGUGCGCCAUGAACGGGCGGUUUCAGCAGCGCACUUUUGAUCCACGCGUGGAUCUCCUAAAGGCGCCCUGGUCGCCCUUUAAGCGCACGCCCUGGUCACUGCCGCUGCUCACCGAGCUGAAUCAUAUGCGUCCGAAACUCAAAACGAUUGCCAAUGAGGUGCUGGCCUGGAACAACUACUCGGAUGUUAUAUUUGUCGCCGAUUUCCCGGGUCUAACGCUGAGCAACUUCAUCGCUCCGACUCUAUUCAACUGCAGCCUGACAAUACUCGAAGGUAAUGUGCGCUACAAGAGCGCUAAGGAUGGUGAGGCGUUCUUCCUGACGGCCGGCAAGAGCAUUGGCCUGGAGAGCAAUGCUACGCACUAUGUGACCACGAUUGGCCAGAAGCCAGCCUCCUAUUUGUACACCUAUGUGAACAAGACCAUGCUGGAGCAGGACAUUGUCAUAGAUGAUGUGGGUCAGUCCAAGGAGCGUUCCUUGCUGCCGCUCUGGAAGGAGUUCAAGCAACGCCUUGCCAAUUACCAACAGUUCCUCAAGCAUUUGGCCAAUUGCUUGCUCUACCUGCUAUACGAUGUGCCCAUACCGAUUUCCAUUAGAGAGAGAGAUUAAGAAUGAAGCAGACGAGAUUAUAUUCCACUUGCUGCAAUGUAUUUCCUUGCCUAAGUCCCUUAGUGUCACAUAAUGUGUGGGUGAUAAAACUGAUAAUAAAUGUUUAAAUGUUAUACCUCAGAAGAUGACAAUUUUGAUUCCAACUCUUUCUUCAGAGCGUACCGAGUCAGAAAAUGAUUAUCUUUCCAAGAUUAUGAUAUGAAUUCCCAAGUUAAGGUCGUUUUAUGUGUUUGUGAAGUAUAUUAUAAUCGGAGUAAUAAAUUUUCAAGCUUCACAUAAUGGAUUUUCCUCGAAAAACAUGGAACAGUUAUCAAACGUAUUUCCACAAAAGGCGUGAAACUGCUUUCCAUCUGGACUUCAAAUUAGUCUACUGGGAGCUAGUCACAGGGUAUACUAGACCCUUGGGUGCUUGACUGUUCUGUUAUCCAUCCAAACAAUGUUAUGCUAUAUUUACAUAAUGCAAAUAUAUACUUAUAUGUAUAACUGUAUUUACAAACCGGACACAAUAUUAUUUUCAACCUAAAUAUUAACAAAUCUCUGCACUUAAAAUUUUGUGACCUCGUCAAUUAACAAAGCGCAUCAUUAAAA